AUGGACACACCAACCUCACUCAAGGCCUCACCGCCUGGCACUCCAACAUCAGCUGAAGUCGAGGAAGCCACAACACCCCAUAUUCGCGGCUCGUACACUCCAUCCGAAAUUGAACGUCUUGGCCGCGAGCGCCCUGAAGUGUUCACCUCGAUAUGGAUGGAACUCGGAUUCUGCUUCGCCCUCCUCGGUUCCAUGUUCGUAGCAGAGUACUUCAUCUCAGGCUUCAACAUUCUCCUGCCCGACCUUGCAGUUGCACUGGACAUUCCCUCCAAGGCGCAGACAUGGCCAGCUAGCGUUUUCGCGUUAGUAACUGGAGCUUUCCUCUUACCCUUUGGCCGACUAGCAGACAUCUUCGGAGGAUACAUUGUGUUCAACAUUGGCCUAGUUUGGUUCCUCAUUUGGUCCAUCAUCGCAGGGUUCAGUCAGAACUACGUCAUGCUCAUUGUAUGUCGGGCGCUGCAGGGUUUUGGACCUGCUGCUUUUCUACCAUCUGGCAUCAUGUUGCUAGGGAGUAUCUACCGUCCAGGACCGAGGAAGAACAUCGUCUUCAGCCUGUACGGCGCCUUUGCACCCGUGGGCUUCUUCACUGGAAUAUUCUUUGCGGGUGUCGCUGCACAGUUCAUAAAAUGGGGUUGGUUUUUCUGGAUUGGGUCAUUCAUUCUGGCGGCCGUGGGCAUCACGUCUUGGUUAUGCAUUCCCAAUCGGAUUGAGGAUCGUGUCAAAGGCGAGAUAAAAAUGGACUGGUGGGGCACGGCAACGGUCAUUCCAGGUUUGGUGCUCAUCAUCUUCGCCCUGACGGAUGGCAGUCACGCAUCACAAGGUUGGGCGACACCGUAUAUCCCAGUCACCUUUGUUAUCGGAUGCUUGUUCCUCGGAGUCUUCAUAUACAUUGAGGGCUGGGUCGCUGAACAACCAUUGCUACCAGGCGACCUGUUCGCCGUCAAAGGCAUGAAGCCCUUGGCUACAGCACUGUUCUUCCAAUAUGGCACCUUCGGCAUCUUUCUUUUCUAUGCCAGCUUCUACAUUGAAGAAAUCGUUGGCGCUAGCCCGAUCCUCACAGCUGCAUGGUUUGCACCCAUGGCUGUCGGCGGCUUGAUCCUUGUCACUCUCGGCGGUCUCGUACUCCAUCUCCUACCGGGAAGAAUGCUACUACUGCUUAGUGGCACGGCGUACAUACUCUCCGCACUACUCUUCGCUAUCCUCCCAGUUGAGUUCAACUACUGGGCGUACGUGUUCCCAGCCAUGAUCUGCGCUACACUUGGUAUCGACAUCACCUACAACGUUAGUAACAUCUUCAUCACGACAUCCAUGCCAAAGACACGGCAAGGCCUAGCAGGCGCGUUCAUGAACUCGCUUCUAUUUCUGGGAAUCGCAGUGUUCCUGAGUUUUGCAGAUUUGGCAGUCAGUGAGACGGAAGAGAGAGGCAAGAGGGAGAGCUACAAGAUUGCGUUUUGGUUGGCAACCGCGCUAUCGGGCGCGGGACUCAUCAUCAUGUUUCUAGGAGUUAAGAUUGGCAAGGCAAAAAGCGAUCUGACGAUAGAAGAAAAAGCGGAAUUGGAAAAAGAGUUGACCAGGCGAAGGACGAACGAAGGAUAG